AUGUUCUCGCUCCAAGGCCACACCGCGCUCGUGACGGGCGGCACCCGGGGGACCGGCCAGGCCGUAGCCAUCGGGCUGGCUGAGGCCGGCGCCGACGUGCUGCUCGUGCAGGCCCAAAUCUACACGGCCGACCUGUCGGACCCGGCCUCAGUGGCGGCCCUGACGCCCAAGGUGCUGGCCGACGGGCACGAGGUGCGCGUGCUCGUCAACUGCGCUGGGGUCCAGCGCCGCCACAGGUGCGAGGCCUUCCCGGACGCCGACUUGGCCGAGGUGAUGCAGGUCAACCUCGGCGCAGUCUUGGCCCUGACGCGCGACGUGGGCGCCCACAUGCUGUCCCUGGCACCCCACCCCGUCACGGGCCGCAGGGGUUCCGUCGUCAGCUACGCGAGCCUGCUCAGCUUCCAGGGAGGGCUGACGGUGCCCGCCUACGCCGCUCCUUCGCCAACGAGUGGAACGAGCCGCGGCGUCACCGUCAACGCCAUCGCGCCGGGCUACAUCGAGACCGACAUGAACGAGGCGCUGCUGAACGACCCCGAGCGCCUGGCCAGCAUCUCGGCCCGCAUCCCCGCCGGCCGCUGGGGCAGGCCCGAGGACUUCAAGGGCACCACCGUCUACCUCGCCAGCAAGGCUGCCGCCUACGUCAGCGGCCAUGUGCUCGUUGUCGACGGCGGCUGGAUGGGAAGGUAG